ACUCGAUUAGUCUACAUUAGCACUCAAAAGCGAUUACUCUGGUCUGGAGUCACAUGCUUUGACAGGUAAACAUGGCGGAUGAGGAUCCAAACGCAAAAGUUGAAUGUGAAGAUACUUCUGCUGAAGAAGAAGGAGCAGAGACGACGGAACCAGGACAGAAUGAUGUGUCCAAUAGCACUGACUCGGUUCGGACGGACAGACCAGCAGACAGCUCCUGGUCGGCGCCGAUUUUGUCGUUCGCUCGUAAAGCGUCGGAGACGCUGAGCAGCGGGGUGAAUAACUACAGCGCUGGAUCACAACAACACAACAACAGCUCUGAGCACGACAAAUCAGCAGCUAUGAAGGAUCCAAUGGCAGUGGAGAGGUCAAAUCUCCUCAGCAUGAUGAAGCUCAGCAUUAAGGUUCUGAUCCAGUCAUCACUGAGCCUCGGACGGACGCUCGAUUCGGAGUAUCCACCCCUACAGCAGUUCUUUGUGGUUCUGGAACACUGCCUUAAGCAUGGUUUGAAAGCGAGGAAAUCUUUCAUUGGUCAAAAUAAAUCGAUCUGGGCUCCUCUAGAGCUGAUAGAGAAGCUUUGCCCCGAGUCCGCCGACAUCGCCACCAGUGUACGGGAUAUGCCUGGACUCAAGACAGGACUCGGACGGGCUCGAGCUUGGCUGCAUUUGGCUCUGAUGCAGAAAAAAAUUGCAGACUACCUGAAAGUGUUUAUAAAUAGGCGAGACCUUCUUGGAGAGUUUUAUGAGCCCGGGUCUCUUAUAAUGGAAGAGGAAGGGGCUGUGAUCAUAGGCAUGCUAGUGGGUCUCAAUGUGAUCGAUGCCAAUUUGUGUGUUAAAGGAGAAGAUCUGGAUUCUCAGGUGUGCGUCAUUGAUUUCUCAUUGUACCUGAAAGAUCCGCAGGCAACUGAGACCAAACAGGAUGAUGCAAAAAUGACGGCCAUCCUUGAUCAAAAGCACUACAUUGAAGAGCUGAACCGUCAUCUCAGCUGCACGGUGACAGAUCUUCAGGCUAAGAUGGACUCGUUGGAGAAGACCAACUCCAAACUCAUUGAGGAGCUCACAGCGGCCACAGACCGAAUCAAUGCUUUGCGUGAAGAGCAGGAGGAGCUUAGAAAGGAGAAUGCAAAUAUUCUCCAGAGCAGCCAGAGAAAAGAGGAGGUGACUCUCCAGGACAGCCAAGUGGAGUUGGAAACAUAUCGACAGACACGGCAAGGUUUGGAUGAAAUGUACAAUGUUGUCUGGAAGCAGUACAAAGAGGAGAAACGAAUCCGGCAGGAACUGCAAAAAGAGCUGGAACUACAGAUGGGUCUCAAGCAGGAAAUGGAAGUGGCCAUGAAACUCCUGGAAAAGGACAUUCACGAGAAACAUGACACGCUGGCUGCCCUGCGACAACAGUUGGACCAGGUGAAGAACAUCAACUUACAGAUGUUCAACAAGGCACAGGAGUCUGACCGAGUGUCUCAGAGAAAAGAAGAGGAGAAACUACAAAUCGAAAAGAAGUUGAUUCAGAUGGAGGUGACCAUGAAAGAACUGGAGCAGAGGCUACAAAAUUCUGAGAAUUUCCGCAAGAACACGGACGAAAGCCAGAAUGAGCUUAGGUCAGAGAUGAAAGGGAAAAUAAACGGUCUGCAGAAGCGUCUCGCUGACCUGGACACGCUCAGGGCCGGACUGGAGUUGGAGCUGAGCAAUGAGAAGGAACAGCGGCAAAACAUGCAGAAAGAGCUGCAGAGAGAACAAGACAACAGCGCAGAGCUGCGCACACAACUGCAGCAGCUGCAGGGCCUGCAGACGGAACUGCUUGAACUACGGCAGGAGAAGAAGCAACUUCAACAGCUUUGUGAGGAGCAGGAACAAGCCCUGCAGGAGAUGGGUCUUCAUCUUAGCCAGUCUAAGCUCAAGAUGGAGGACUUUAAAGAGGUCAACAAAGCAUUGAAGGGCCAUGCCUGGCUAAAGGACGAUGAAGCCACACAAUGCAAACAAUGCCAGAAAGAAUUUUCAAUCGCACGGAGAAAACACCAUUGCAGGAACUGUGGAGAUAUUUACUGCAGCAAUUGCUCCAGUAAUGAGCUCGCUCUGCCCUCGUACCCCAGACCGGUGCGCGUCUGUGACGUCUGUCAUUCCCUUCUGCUCCAGAGAAGCUCCAUCGGGUCCUGACGACACUCACAACAUCUGCUGAUCAUAUGCUGUGCAUGUCUUGUAAGAAAAAUACCAAUGCAUCAGGUAGCAGCUCUUGAUGGUCAAAAGGGGGAAUAAUUACUACUAAAUGAAUUCAGUUGCGAAAUCUUUAAUGUUCAGGAAUUUAAUAAAGCUAUUUUUACGUAAAUUAGCCAUGUAUUGAAUGCAAUAGUUCAUUACGUUGAUUCUUUACAUAAGAAUGAUGGUCACACUUUAUUUUAUGGUGCCCUGGUCACUUCAGUCAAAUACAGUAUCAAAAUUAUCCCAUGAUUUACUCAAGCAAUCCGAGAUGCAUAUGCCCAUCAUCUUUCAGACAAACACAUUUGGAGUUAUUUUAGUAAAUGUCUUUGCUUUCCAAGCUUAAUAAUGGUGGUAGAAAACAGGGAUCAGGGAACAACUCAAAAGUGCAUCAAUCUUUCACAGAAGUAAUUCAAACUGCUCCAAGGGGUUAAUAAAGGUCUUCUGAAAGUAAUCGAUGCAAUUUUGUAAGAAAAAUAUCCAUAUAUCAAACUUUAUAAACUAUAAUAACAUGUAACAACGCCAUUUUGGACUCAACAUCAUUCACUGUGCAAGCGUACCCAUGGCAACCAAUGCUAAAGCCCAAUUUAUAGUCGUGCGUAAGCUGUACGGCGUAGCUACGCCAUAGGUUAUCUGUAGCCUGUGCGUAGCCUAAAAAAUGUUAACAGCGUGUCAGUUAUACGUGAACCGCAAGUCCACCAGAACCCCUUCCGUCAGGUAAAAAAACUGUGUCAUAUGUAUUUCCGUUUGCGACGGUGAAAACAAAGAUGAGCCAAGUUGAGGAGUGAUUUAACUCAAACUGCAACAAAAGUCGCUGUUUAUUUACUUCCAUCACUGCUGGUCUUCUCAAAUCAUACACAAGUUGCUGUUUCUUCUUCGUUUGUGGGUUAACUUGCCAAGCUGCUUCUUCUUUGACGGUUGCGCUGCUACUGUGGUUACACGAGUGGAUACUGCCCACCAGCGGUCUGCGCGGACGACGUCACAUUCACACGUGCCAUAGGCGUCACCGCUUGACAGAAGGCUUGUCUGAAGCGUGCCCAACGGCCAAUCACAGUGGCCGCAACGCAUGCUCCGGUCUUCCCUAAAUGUAAUUGGCUGGUUCUGCCUAGGUUAUUUGCAUAAGCGAUCUGAUUGGCUGACGCACCGGUUGCCGCUUGAAAAGUUGGAAAUUAACACUUAUACAGUGAAUUCACACGGGGCAUAUGAAAACCGACGCAGAACCUACGCGCAACUAUAACAAGCCCUUUAAUACACCGAAACUCCAAGGCCCUCAUUUAUAAAGCAUACAUACGCACAGAUUUGAUCGUAAAGUCCAUAUUUAUAAAAACUUUCUUUGACGUGGAAAAGUGCUUAGUGCCACCUCAGGGUCUGACGGACGUACGCACUUAUGCUUGUCAGAUUGCUGUAGUUUUUUUGGAAAUAUAAACCAUUACUGCUGCUUGAAAAGGGUUUAAACCGGGUGUGCCUCUUAAGUCUUGAAAAGUGAAGCCUCUGGCUCUUUGAUCGCCCCCUGGUGGCUGGCUGCAGUACAAGUCAUAACCCAGCCCUCUCCAUUCAAACAAAUGGGACUCUGCUCUAAAUAAAAAAAUAUUUACACUUCCAAUAAAAGUUUCCGAAAGAUGGUUUUGGUCCUUUAAGGUAGUUUUGUGAUAACUUUCAUUUUAGCUAGUUAUUUGAUGCUAUAGAAACGGGGCGUGUCGUUAAGAUUGGCGUGGUUGUAUUGGUCGCGCGAGCGUUUGUGCGGAAGUUUGAUACCACGGCAACGCCUCUGUCUCCACGGACGAUUCCUUCUGCGCAUGCCUUGGCUCCAAACUGACGUUUUUUACGUAACAUGGCGGCGACCGUGGUCGGACAUUUUUGGCUUCAAUUCAUUACAAUGGAGGGAGGCGAUGUCGCGUCGUCCAUCUUUUUUUACAGUCUAUGGUUUAAACAUUGACAGACGUUCUUUUAUAUGUCAAUGACAAUAAUUAGGCAUCAUUUAAAGGUGGAGAUCUGAAAUUGCUCAGCUGCGCACAAGUUCAAGAUCAUUUGCAAUUUAUAGAUUUCCCAUCUGAAAGAAAGGGGUCAGUGCGUUUUCUGUUCGUAUGUUCGCAGUUUGUACGCAGUAUUUUAUAAAUGAGGCCCAAGAUGGCGUCGUUACUGAACGCUAAUUAUUAUAGUUUAUAAAGUUUGAAAUAUGGAUAUUUUUCUUACAAAAUCACAUCAAUUACCUGCUGAAGACCUCUUGGAGCCAUGUGGAUUACUUCUGUGAAGGAUGAAUGGGGGGUUUAAAGUCAAAUGUUGUUCUCCAUAUCCCUGUUUUUUUACCAUUAUAAAGCUUGGAAGAGCAAGGACAUUUACUAAAAUAAUUCAAAAUGUGCUCGUGUGAAAGAUGAUGAACUUAUGUAUUAUUGAGGGUGAGUAAAUCAUGGGGUAACUUUGAUAUUUUGCUGGAGUAUCGCUUUAAACUGGGAUAGUUCACCCAAAAUUAAAAUUAUUAUUUACUCGCCCUCCAGUUGUUACUUUCAGUAUAAAUGUCUUUGUUUUGCUAAAUAUUUUCGUGAGCAAGGUUUUCAAAAAAAUGCUUUUUGAGCACCAUAUUUGUUUUUCCUACUAUGGAAGUCAAUGGCACCCGUUUUCUGCUUCAAUGCAAAUGUCUUCCUUUGUGUUUAGGGUGAACUAUCCCUUUAAGGGUUACUUGCAUGUAAUUAUGCAUAUUUUACUGUUAUGACACAUAUCAUAUAACAAAGACUUCUUAUUUUAUAACCCAUUUACACCCUUCUUUCUGUUCAUAUAUCAUGAAUUAAGUCAAACACUUAAUUUGAUUGGCUUUUCCCAAAUUAAAGGCACAUUUGUAGUAUUAUCUGUAUUCAAAUCAAAGAAUAUGGAUUAUUUUAUAUCUCAUUUAUGCAUUAAUUCGCUCCUACUAAUCUUAGCAUACGCAUUUUUGUCUCUCACUUAAUAUUUCAGAUUGUGACAACUUCCUGUGUUGUACUGAGAAUACUUUUUUCCUGUUC